CAUGCCCAGCGUGGCGUCGCGCACGCGCUCGCCGUAGCUCUCUUCGACCUUUGACCUGCCGGCCGCCCUUGAGCCGGGGCCGCGAGGCGUGGAAGACGGAGCCCGCGCCCCCGAGGCAGAGCGGCUGCCAUGGCCAAGUACCUGGCCCAGAUCAUUGUGAUGGGGGCGCAGGUGGUGGGCAGAGCCUUUGCCCGGGCCCUGCGGCAGGAAUUUGCAGCCAGCCGGGCAGCAGCUGAUGCCCGGGGACGUGCCGGACACCAGUCUGCAGCCGCCUCUAACCUCUCCGGCCUCAGCCUCCAGGAGGCACAGCAGAUUCUCAAUGUCUCCAAACUGAACCCCGAGGAGAUCCAGAAGAAGUACGAACACCUAUUCAAGGUGAAUGAUAAAUCUGUGGGCGGCUCCUUCUACCUGCAGUCAAAGGUGGUCCGAGCGAAGGAGCGCCUUGAGGAGGAGCUCCGAAUCCAGGCUCAGGAGGACAGAGAGAAAGAGAAGAGGCCACAAACGUGACCACUGGCUCCUCCCACCCCACCCCCCCUUCCACUAAUUUAUAGCUCGUUAAUAAAUGUCUUUUCCUCAUU